AUAAUACACAUUUUAGAAUAAAAACCAUAAAAUUGGGUUCAAAUGCUAUUUGAAUAGCAAAAAGCUCAAAUAAUGAAUAAUGCAAUCAAAGGGCCAUGACGUUUUUCACGAAGGAGACUUUACUACGCUUCCUGGUCGCCGCAAUAUGUCUGCUGUUGGUGCUUAACUUUGCGGGCUUCAGAUCUGACGGCGCUUCUAGCACGUCUUUAAGCAAGUUAAGCAUUCGAAGAGUGCACAAAUAUGAGCACAUCUACAAUACAAGCGGCAGCAGCGGCGGGCUGCCCUCUGCUCCCAUGGCCCUACAUAAAGAGCGAGAAUUACCUAGCGCCAUAAACUCAACCUCAACGACUGUGAUUGCCAAUUUGACUUCCAUUUCACAAGACUUUUCGCAGACGCACCCAAAAGAUUAUACCAAUAUCACGCACAAGCCGACGACGAUAACGCCUCAAAAUAUAUCUGCCCUUAAUAUCACAUGUACAGAACCUGAUCCUUUAAAUGGAGGACCUAUAAGGCCAAACACAACCCUUGAAUCCCUCGACAUCAUAGAGGCAGAACUGGGUCCUCUGCUGCGUCCAGGCGGUGCAUACCAACCCGAUGACUGCAUUCCUAAAGAUCAUGUUGCUAUUGUGGUACCCUUCCGAGACCGCUACGCACACUUGUCAACCUUUAUACGGAAUAUACAUCCCUUCCUUAUGAAACAACGGAUUGCCUAUCGCAUAUUUAUAGUGGAGCAAACAAAUGGAAAACCCUUUAAUCGUGCAGCAAUGAUGAAUAUCGGUUACCUCGAGGCCUUAAAGCUUUACCAGUGGGAUUGUUUUAUAUUCCACGAUGUCGAUCUCCUGCCCCUGGAUGAUCGUAACUUGUACAAUUGUCCACGUCAGCCGCGGCAUAUGUCCGUUGCAAUCGAUACGCUGAAAUUCAAGUUGCCUUAUCGUUCAAUAUUUGGCGGUGUAUCUGCUAUGACCCGCCAGCAUUUUCAAGCUGUCAAUGGAUUUUCGAACUCGUUUUUUGGCUGGGGUGGUGAAGAUGAUGACAUGUCUAAUAGGUUGAAGCAUGCCAAUCUAUUCAUAUCACGUUAUCCGAUAAAUAUAGCGCGCUAUAUGAUGCUGAAGCAUCAAAAAGAAAAGGCAAAUCCGAAAAGAUACGAAAACCUACAGAAUGGUAUAAGUAAAAUUGAAAUGGAUGGCAUCAACUCUAUAAAAUAUGAAGUCUACAGCAUCAAGGAGUUUCCGACAUUCACAUGGUAUUUAGCCGAGCUAAAGAACUCUGAACAAAAAAGUUAGACGGGAAUGGAAACAUAACCAAGAAAUAAUUCUAUUAAGACAAAGUCAUAUUCAAGUCUCUCUUCUCUCUUUCUAAAACUAAGUAUGUACAAAAGACAACAUUACUUUCUCGAAUCGUAGUCUCUCUUUUUCAGACUAGCAUACCGUAAAGACAUGAACAAAAUAUUAUUUCUAGAAUCUAUAGAAAUAUUAGUUGUAUAUGUAGUAUGUCCAGUAUAUAUACUCAUAUAGCUAUAUACUAUAUACUACUAAUAACUCAA